CAUGGGGCAGCCGUGGGCGGUGGGGAGCGCAGAGGGGGCGCCAGCGCGGCUCCCUCUUGUGAUCACGGCGCUGUGGGCCGCGGCCGUGGGCCUAGAGCUGGCCUACGUGCUGGUGCUGGGCCCCGGCCCGCCCCCGCUGGGACCGCUGGCUAGGGCUUUGCAGCUCGCGCUGGCCGCCUUCCAGCUGCUCAACCUGCUGGGCAACGUGGGGCUCUUCCUACGCUCCGAUCCCAGCAUCCGGGGCGUGAUGCUGGCCGGCCGCGGGCUGGGCCAGGGCUGGGCCUACUGCUACCAGUGCCAGAGCCAGGUGCCGCCACGCAGCGGGCACUGCUCUGCCUGCCGUGUCUGCGUCCUGCGCCGGGACCACCACUGCCGCCUGCUGGGCCGCUGCGUGGGCUUCCGCAACUACCGGCCCUUCCUGUGCCUGCUGCUUCACGCCGCCGGCGUCCUGCUCCACGUCUCGGUGCUGCUGGGCCCUGCACUUUCAGCCCUGCUGCGAGCCCACGCCCCCCUCCACGCAGCCACACUCCUCCUCCUGCCCUGGCUUAUGCUGCUCACAGGUAGGGUGUCUCUGGCGCAGUUCGCCCUGGCCUUCGUGACGGACACGUGUGUGGCGGGGGCACUGUUGUGCGGGGCUGGGCUGCUCUUCCACGGGCUGCUGCUGCUGCGUGGCCAGACCACCUGGGAGUGGGCUCGAGGCCAGCACUCCUAUGACCUGGGCCCCUACCACAACCUGCAGGAAGCCCUGGGGCCCCGCUGGGUCCUCGUGUGGCUCUGGCCCUUCCUCGCCUCCCCCUUGCCUGGGGACGGCAUCUCUUUCCAGACCCCAGCUGACAGGGGCCUCAUGGCUUCCUGA